AUGCAAGCAACUGCGAUAGCAUUUGGUCGUUCAGCUUGGAAAGGACCUUAUUUUGUAAAAUUUCCGGGUUUGAAGGAGGCAAUGAAAAAUAACCUUCCUGUAAAGACUCAAGCUAGAUCAUGCACAAUAUUACCAACAUUUGUAGGAUUAAAAUUUUUAGUACAUAAUGGUAAAGAUUAUGUACCAGUUAACAUCACAGAAGACAUGAUUGGGCAUAAGCUGGGAGAAUUUUCUGUUACUAGAAAGAAAUUGAUGUUAACAGAGAUAAAUUUAAUUUUACCCGCAAAUAAUGGUUGUUGGUAUCAUUAUUAUUUACCAAAAUUUCUAAAUCCUUCUAAUAAUGAUAAUUCUGAACGAUUGUUAUUCACCAAUGACAAUGAAUAUUUAUCAGUAGAUUGGGCGGCGGAAAAUUUUUUAAAGUUGUCGAGCGAGGAAAAAAUGAUUAUCGAGAAUGGAUAUGUUUCAUUGGCAAAAUUUGAAAAAAAGUCAGAUUGUUUUAAGAAAGCAAUUGGAAAUUUGAAACAUGGUUGUAGCGAGAUAAAUUUAUCAGAAACAAUCAAAAUCCAAUUUGCUAUACAUUUAACAAAAUGUGAAAUCGCAACAGCUAAUCUUCUAGUGCCAAUGGAAUGUCAAGAUUUUGAUCGCGAAAUAGGAAAUAAUGAAGUAGGAAAAUGCGUAGAAUCUUUAUCAAGGACUCCACAAUUAUGGACUUCGUAUUCUGGAUAUUUUCGUGAAGUUUUUCAUAUAUGUUUUGCCGUACGAUAUUCGGUAGAAAAAGAUUUGCUUGAAGAACUACACAGAAACAUAACAAAAAACCAACUUUUCAAUUAUAAAAUUUUAAGAAAUCAACAAUCUGAAAUGAUUGAAUUACGUAAAGAAGAAUUGAAAAGAUUAAAAAUGCUUGAGAAAUUUCAAUCCGAUAUUUUAAAAAAUGUGAAUGAAAUUGAGCAACUAUCAAUCGAUACCGAAUCAUUCAAAGGUAAUCUUAAUAAUUCCAGAAUUAUUAUUCAAGAUAUUUUGAAAUAUUUAUUUGAAUUCAUCGAGGAAUUCAAAACUUUUCAAACAAGUGUUAAAGAAACAUUUAAAGAGUUUAACGCAAUUAAUAAUCAACAAUUAGAAAUUAUUAACAACGUUAUGGAACAAGAAGAAAAUCUUGAAAAAAUAAAUGUUGCAAAAUUUCAAGAAAUCUCAACGCAAGAAAAUCAAGAAUUUAUGAAACAAUUACAUCAGACAUUAAAUGAAUCCAAAUUAAAUUUACUAACCUUUUUAAAUUCUACACAAAACGAAAUCAAAUUAUUCAAUGAAAUCUUGAUUGAUUCUAAAGAACAUCAGAAAGAUCUAAUAAAUAUUUUUAAGCCGUUAGUUCUAAUAUCAAAUAUUAUGAAUUGGUUUAUAGGUGGUGAUUUAAAAUGA